AUGAAGCAUGUCAAAGCACAAACCCCUACCACGGUAGAGGAGUUGGUGCAAAACACGGAUUCACCUUUCACACCUGAAGUUAUGAGACGCCCUCUUCCAAGGAAAUUUAAGAUGCCCCAAUUGGAAACAUUCAAUGGUUCUACGGACCCGUUGGAUCAUCUUGAGACAUAUAAGUCCUUGAUGCACUUACAAGCAGUGCCAAACGAGGUAAUGUGUCGAGCAUUCCCAGUUACCCUCAAGGGAAGUGCCCGAGCAUGGUUCAACAAGCUCCCACCAGGAAGUAUACGUAGCUUCAAAGAGCUUAGCACAAGCUUUGUAAGUUACUUCAUUGCUGGUCAACGCUACGGCAAACUAGCAACGCAUCUCCUGACGGUGAAACAAGGAAAAUGGGAAUCAUUAAGAGAAUACACCACAAGGUUUAAUAAAGAGGUGGUCCAAAUAGAUGAAGCUGACGACAACGUGAGCAUAACUGCGUAUAUUGCUGGGUUGUAUUCAGGGCAAUUCCUAUAUCUCGUGUCUCAAGAGCCACCAAAAACCAUGGCAGAGCUCAUGCUCAGAGCUCAGAAGCACAUGAACGCAGAAGAGGCUGUCUAUGCAAGACGUACACGUGAUGGUUUCGAUCCCCAAGCAGGACCAUCACAGAUUGGCGAAUUCUCCCUAACAGACAAAAGAAGGAGAGAAACUGUCCGCAAAACAGGGGGAGAACCUAGGAAUAAAAAAGUGGACUCAAGAUUAUCCCCAAAGAGAGGAUCGGCUGGAAGACCUCCUCAAGGAAAAUACAAACAGUUUACUCCGCUCAUAGCCACGGCAGAGCAAAUCCUCAGCAAUCUACAAGACGAUCCAGACCUCAAGUGGCUAGGAAAGCUGAGAUCCGAUCCUAGCAGGAGAGCUAAGGAUAAAUACUGUAGGUUUCACAGAGACCACGGACAUAAUACAGAUGAUUGCAUUGACUUGAAACAACAGAUCGAGGAUCUAAUUCAAAGAGGGGGACUUCAGCGUUUCGUAACAAAGAAACACCAGAAGCAACCCAGAAAGGAAGAUACAAGCAAAGAGCGAAGGGACGGUGCUGCACCCCGGUCCGGCCCCAUUGGAGAGAUCAAGGUCAUCCAUGGGGGAUUUGUCGGAGGUGGAGAGUCCAGCCAUGCAAGAGAGGCCCACCUAAGAAAAUUGCGAAUGGAGGAAUAUUUGGAGGUCAACACAAUUGACCGCCCAAGUAAGAUCCAGAAAAAAGAGGAGAUACCCAUAAUUUUCUCAGAAGAAGAUCUCAAAGGGAUCCAGAUCCCCCAUGAUGACCCUCUGGUCAUAACCAUUGUCAUAGCAAACUACUCACACGAAGAGUAUUGA